AUGCCUUAUGGAGAGUUUGAGAUAAUUAAUGAUGAGGAGGUGGUUUUAGAUGUUGAAGAAGUUCAAAAAAAAGAAGGAUUCUUUGAACUCACUUAUUCUGGCGGAAUGCUAUUAGCGGAGCCGUCAGAUAAUAUAGUUCAGGGUUCAAGAGGAGAAAAUUACGAAAGAUUUGCUAUAAUUGGUAGCGACGAUAGGGUGGCUGGCGAAAAUUAUGGUUAUGGGGAAAAUCUAAAUAUUGAUUUUGAUUAUAUUCUCUCUCAUGAAAAAAUUGAAGAAUUAAAAUCCGCCAAACAAGGGGAUAUAUUUCAAUUUACUUUCAACGGGUUUUUAGAAAAGGAUUCAAACAACAUUUUCAUAGACAUAAUAACAAAGAGAGCCCAAAGUGAUAACGAGGAAGAGGCGCAGAAAGAAACGAUACCAGCGGAAACGGAGGAAUUAAGAAAGGACAUUUUCGCCACUCUCGCCGAUUUAGAAAGUGGUUGGGAAAACCAAGAGGAGGAGAACGAAAUGGAAGGAGGAGAAAAGAAAAUAAUACCUGGCUAUAAAGAAAGGCUGGUGGCGAUAGAUAACCCUAGUUUUGAGGAGUUGCUGAAAAUUGGCGAGGAAGUAAUAAAAAAUAGAGUUAGAAUUGAAAACAUUAAAUAUUUAAAUGCAGUGGGAGAAGUGGUUGACGAGGCUGGUGUCGGUACAGAAGAAACUGAUUUUCCGAAAUAUGACCCAGAAAAACAUAGUGAAAACGAGGAAGUGUUUAGAUUAAGCGAGAUUCAUCUCCGGGCUAAAACUUUGAAACAAGUCCACGAUAAAUUGAAAAACGAUUUCUCUAUUGACAUUUACCAAGAUGAAAAUUGA